AUAUUAGUCAGGCAGAAGUAAAUUUUGGGUUGUAUUUUAAAAUUAAUAUUUCUAUUCUUUUGAUUAUCUAACUUUUUUGUGUGCUUUUAAUUGUAUAUUAUAAUUUACUCCAUGACUUACGGAAUUAGUCUUUUUAUAGAAACACCCAAUUUUUCUUUCUCACUAAUUUAAAGGGACGGAAUAAUAUACUUUAAAGAGAAGUGAAAAAUAUGACUAUUAUUAAUAUGUUAUGAUUAUAUUGAUUAUAAAACUCGAUGUGUAAAUUUCAAUUUGAUAAAGAUAUCAUAUAACUAUAUCAUUGUUUAAAAUCAUACUAGUACUAACAAACUCCAAAUCAUAAAGAUUUUAAGGAGAUAUUAGUGAAAAUCCGUUUUUUAGUAUUAACUAAAUUAAGGACAACAAAAUUAUAAAGUAACCAGAAAACAUGAUAUUAUAUUUCCUAAUUUUCAUUGUCUAAUAUUUGUGAUGUUAUCCGAAAAGCUAUCCAUAAAUCACGAUAGCUGUGUGCAAGAUAGUCUGUCUUUUAUCAUUCUCCAUCGUUUCCUCAAAUUACAAUAUUAAUGCCAAUUCCUUAACUAUUGUAUUAUUUUUCUAAACUUGUUAAUUCAUAUGCUCAAUAAUAAUAUAACAAAAUAUGCAACAAACAUUCUUAUGAUAUACAAAUUUUCCCCAAAACUUUCCAUUUAGUUUUCCCUUGUAUCUUUCAUAUUUAGGAUAAUUCUAAGGAUUAAUUAUUCGAUUUCCCAUCAAACACAUUAAUGUAAUGUUCGAAUUGCCUAUAGAGAUUCUCUAAUUUACCCUCGAAUCAAAAACAUUAUAUGAUGUUCACAAAGUCGAAUAGUUGCCAUCAAAUAGAACAAUUAAGUGAUGAAAACAAUUACGAACGUCAACAACUCGAAUCUUGUAGAAGUAGCCACAUUGAUUCGACGAACUCUUCACCAACAGAUAACAUGGGUUCUACCUCACCAUACGCAAGAUCCCCAUGGUCGGCUCAUAUGGCAUUGCCUGGCCCGUCGUACGAAGAUAGGUUCUCAAAUGGUGAACAUUCUUAUAAUUGCUUAAUGGGUUCAUUAAUACGUGAAGAAGGACAUAUUUAUUCAUUAGCAACAUCAGGGGAUUUACUAUAUACUGGAUCCGAUAGUAAGAAUAUUCGAGUUUGGAGAAACCAAAGAGAAUACUCGGGGUUUAAAUCAAAUAGUGGUCUUGUUAAAUCGAUUGUUAUAUCAGAUGAUAAAAUAUUUACGGGCCAUCAAGAUGGGAAAAUUCGGGUUUGGAAAAUGUCAUCAAAGAACCCAAGUAUACACAAAAGAAUAGGAACAUUACCAUCCUUCAAAGCAUUUUUAAAGAAAUCUAUGAAGCCAAGUAGUUAUAUAGAAAUCGGAAGGCAUAGAAAUGCAGUAUGGAUACGACAUUGGGAUGCAAUAUCAUCGCUCAGUUUAAGUGAUGAUCGUAAUUACUUAUAUUCCGCUUCAUGGGAUAGGAGUGUAAAAGUGUGGCGAAUUUCAAAUUUCAAGUGUUUAGAAUCGAUCCCAGCACACGAAGAUGCUGUAAAUGCUGUAGUUUCUGGGUUCGAUGGCCUGGUUUUUACUGGUUCAGCUGAUGGAUCAAUUAAAAUAUGGCGCCGAGAAGUACAAGGAAAAGGAACUAAACAUUUUUUUUCACAAACAUUGGUAAAACAAGAAUGUGCAGUAACAGCUUUAGCAAUAGAUCAAGGAGCUGCUAUGCUUUAUUGUGGUUCAUCAAAUGGACAAGUAAAUUAUUGGUAUAAAAGAGACUUUACAUUUCCUGGUGGGACUCUUAAUGGGCAUAAACUUGCAGUUUUAUGUUUAGCUACUGCUGGAAAUAUGAUAUUUAGUGGUUCUGCUGAUAUGAAUAUUUGUGUUUGGAAACGGAUUUCUAAUGAAGAUCAUGUUUGUUUAUCAGUUUUAAGUGGACAUAAUGGACCUGUUAAGUGUUUAGCUGUUGUGGCAAAUGUUGAAACUAAUUCUAUUGAUGCAAGGUGGGUUUUGUAUAGUGGAAGUUUGGAUAAAUCAAUUAAAAUUUGGAGGAUUUCAGAACAAGUUCCUAAUUAUGUGCUUUCUUGCAGUAGUAGUAAACGUCGACAUGGCCUCUCUUUUACCUUUAGAUAGCAAUGGUUAGUAGAUACUACUCUUUCGGUUCAAUUAUGUUUUUUUAAGUUUGUUACUAAAGGGGCAUGAGAGUACUAUUUGAUCAAUCAUUAUUGUUUGGCGAUAAUGCAAAAAUUGUGUGUAUAUAGGUUUAAUCUCUUUAACAUUGCGUCUCUCUUGUAUAUUAUUAUAUAUUUUGUUUAGAUUAGUGUACGGUGUAUGAUAAGUUAAUAUUGUAUCAUAUUGGAAAAGUAUAUUUUGUUAAUAAUUUGAUUUGUA